AUGCAUGUCGUUUGGGAUAUAUCUGUGAUUCUGCAAACAUAUUUCAUCUGCACGUCAUCAGCUCAGCCAAUCACAUCCAAGCUUGAUGCAGGCUGGUGGGCGUAUAAGGACGUUGUCCAGGGCAGCUUUGUUCCAGUCCCAUCCUUCUGGGGUCUGGUGCACUCAGCCUGGAACCUGUGCGCCAUAGGGAAGAGGCAGUCACCCAUUGACAUCGAGACCAGUCACAUGAUCUUUGACCCCUACCUGGCCCCUCUGAGGGUUAACACAGGAGGACGGAAGAUGGGAGGCACCAUGUACAACACGGGAAAACAUGUGUCCCUACGACCCGACAAAGCCCACAUGGUGAACAUCUCGGGGGGCCCACUGGGUUACAGCUACAGGCUGGAGGAGGUCCGCCUCCAUUUUGGUAGCGAGGACGCCCAGGGUUCAGAGCAUCUCCUCAAUGGACAGGGCUUUCCUGGAGAGGUCCAGUUGAUCCAUUAUAACCAGGAUCUGUAUGCCAACUACACAGAUGCAGCUAAAAGCCCCCAUGGCAUCGCUGUGGUCUCCAUCUUCAUAAAGCUCUCUGAAAAUUCCAAUGCCUUCCUCAACCGUAUGCUCAAUAGAGACACCAUCACAAGAAUCAACUAUAAACAUGAUGCAUUCUUAUUAAUGGGUCUGAACAUAGCUGACCUUUACCCUGACACCACGCGUUACAUCACCUAUGAGGGCUCCAUCACCAUCCCUCCCUGCUACGAGACGUCCACGUGGAUACUUAUCAACAAGCCUGUCUACGUAACGCAGAUGCAGAUGCACUCCCUACGCCUCCUCAGCCAGAAUGAGCCCUACAAGAUCUUCCUGAGUAUGAGCGACAACACCCGCCCCCCCCAGCCCCUGCUGCAGCGGUGCAUUCGAACCAACAUUAACUUCAACAAGCAAGGCCGCGACUGCCCCAACAACCGCGCCCUCCGCCCACAGUACAGAGUGAAUCAGUGGCUCCUGAAGUAG